CCCGACGGGGGCUGCGCUUCGCAGGCCAAGGGCUCGCUCGGCACGCGCGCCGGCUCUGCAGACCUCUGGCCGCGGCGAUUUUAACGGUGUUACCUGUGACAAAUCCAGCUGAGAGUGAAGGGAAACUACGGUCCCAUCAGUACCAACCAUAACAAUGAGAAAUCAUUUAAAAUUUCUUUGAUGUGACACUUUGUGACUCCUUGUUUGUCGCAAGAUUAUCAGCUGCUAGAGACAGUGACAAUGCAAGUUCUGCCAGUGAACUAAACAGACAGUAAGCAGCUGCAUCAGAUAGCAAUAUGGCGCGGUAGCCAAGGUGAACAAGACUUUGUUGAUCUUUAUGUGAUAUAUUUGUCAGGCUGUUCUGAGUAGUUUAUAUUCUUCAAAAAUGGACACAAUGAAGCUAAAGCAUACUAUCAACCCUUUUCUUCUUCAUGUUAUAAAGUUUGUAAUCCUGAUAUACACAAUUGUAACCUAUAUCCCAUGGUAUAUAUUUUCUGGAUCAAGAUAUGCAAUUGCCAAAUCAAAGCAAAUUAAAGCUAAACCAGUGAAUAACAAACCAGGUAGUCCAUACAGAUCUGUUAACAGUUUGCAUUGCUUAGCAUCUGUAUUAUAUCCUGGAUGUGACACGCUUGACAAAGCUUUCAAGUAUGCUACAAGUAAAUUUAAGGAUAAGAAACUCUUGGGAACACGGGAAAUCUUAAAGGAAGAAGAUGAAAUCCAGCCAUCUGGAAAAGUUUUUAAAAAGGUCAUCCUUGGAAAAUAUAACUGGCUUUCGUAUGAAGAUGUUUACAAUAAAGCUAAUAACUUUGGGAGAGGAUUAGCAGUGUUAGGCCAGCAACCAAAGACAAACAUUGCCAUCUUCUGUGAGACUCGAGCAGAAUGGAUGAUCGCUGCGCAAGCUUGUUUCAUGAACAACUAUCGGCUUGUUACAUUGUAUGCUACUCUGGGUGGUCCUGCAGUAGUACAUGGAUUAAAUGAAACUGAAGUGACAACCAUUAUUACUAGCAGGGAGUUGAUGCAAACAAAAUUGAAGAGUAUUGCAUCUCAGGUUCCGCUACUGCGCCAUAUUAUUACUGUGGAUGGCAAACCAACAACGUGGUCAGAAUUCCCCAAAGGUGUAAUUGUUCACACUAUGACAUCUGUUCAAGCUAUGGGGGCAAAAGCAGAAAAUAUGUCACUCAACAAACAGAAGAUGAGACCAGUACCAUCAGACAUUGCAGUCAUUAUGUACACAAGUGGUUCUACAGGAAUUCCCAAAGGAGUCAUGAUUUCACAUUGUAAUCUUAUUUCUGGUAUAACUGGAAUGGCUGAAAGGAUUCCUCAUCUGGGAGAGAAAGACACUUACAUUGGAUACCUGCCUCUUGCUCAUGUUCUGGAGUUGAGUGCUGAGCUUGUUUGCUUGGCCCAUGGAUGUUGUAUUGGUUACUCAUCACCUCAGACCCUAAGUGAUCAGUCUUCUAAAAUAAAGAAAGGAAGUAAAGGUGAUGUUUCUAUACUGAAGCCAACUCUAAUGGCUGCUGUGCCGGAAAUCAUGGACCGAAUCUACAAAAACGUCAUGAACAGAGUUAAUGAAAUGUCCAGUUUCCAGCGUAAUUUGUUUAUAUUGGCUUACAAUUACAAGAUGGAACAGAUUUCCAAAGGCUGCACAACUCCACUCUGUAACAGCCUGAUUUUCCGGAAAGUUCGAAUGCUGCUAGGUGGGAAGAUUCGGGUCUUGUUGUGUGGAGGAGCUCCACUUUCUGCAGCAACUCAAAGAUUUAUGAACAUCUGUUUCUGUUGCCCUGUGGGACAGGGAUAUGGUCUAACAGAAUCCUCUGGGGCUGGAACAAUAACUGAAAUUUGGGAUUAUACAACGGGCAGAGUGGGUGCUCCCUUGGUGUGCUGUGAAAUCAAACUAAUGAACUGGGAAGAAGGUGGAUACUUUAACACCGACAAACCAUACCCUAGAGGUGAGAUUCUCAUUGGAGGUCAAAAUGUGACAAUGGGCUAUUACAAAAAUGAAGAACGGACCAAAGCUGACUUUAUGGUAGAUGAGAAUGGACAGAGGUGGCUCUUCACUGGAGACAUUGGGGAAUUUCAUGCAGAUGGGUGUCUAAAAAUUAUUGAUCGUAAAAAAGAUCUUGUAAAACUUCAAGCAGGAGAAUAUGUUUCUCUUGGUAAAGUUGAAGCAGCUUUGAAGAAUCUUCCACUGGUAGAUAAUAUUUGUGUAUAUGCAAGCAGUUUCCAGUCUUACAUCAUUGGAUUUCUUGUGCCAAACCAUAAAGAACUUACAGAGCUAGCAAGAAAGAGGGGAUUUAAAGGAACUUGGGAAGAGAUAUGUAACUCUUCUGAAAUGGAGAAAGAAGUGCAAAAGAUUUUAGCAGAUGCUGCUAACACAGCAAAUCUGGAGAAAUUUGAAAUCCCACUGAAAAUUCGUUUGAGCCCUGACCCUUGGACUCCAGAGACUGGCUUGGUGACAGAUGCCUUCAAAUUAAAACGUAAAGAGCUUACUGCACACUACCAGGCAGAUAUUAAUAGAAUGUAUGGAACAAAAGUAAAAUAAUCGUUUUUUCUUGCACCAGUUUGGUAUGGUGAGCUCAGAUCAAAUAGGAAAUACUUGAAUCACAUGUCUCGUCACUUGGGACCAACAGAAAAACACGUUUCAUCAAUUUCAGCUUAUGCUGUUACUUCUGAUAAUGUCAACAUCUUUAACUGGCAGGAUUAGUAAAAUUUUAAGGCAGAAAAUUUGUGUCUGUCUUCUUUUUCCCAGUUCCUUUACUACCUUGUCAGUGUGUGACUCUUCCUGAAAGUCCUUUUGGACUAACAUGAUUUUGAAGCCUCAAGUUUUUAAACCUGAUUUAUAAAUCCUGUACAAUGUUCUGUUUGUAACUUUUUGAAGUUUGGAUAUAUAGAGGGAUAACUUGGCUACAUGAUUAGUUUGGGGGCCUUUUUUACAUAAGUAUUUAAAUAUUAAAGAAUUAUCAAGGUCAAAUUAUGUACUAUUAAAUGACUUACAGGUAAAAAAUCAUUGUUGGCCAGAAGACCAGAUUAUUUGUUGCUGUGCAAUUGUUUUGUAUAAAAUUGCAAGAGAAAUAGUCUGACAUUCUGACGUUAUAGAACAACAGCUGAUAUAUGUGCCUGACAAUUUCCUUCUACAUAUAUAUUUUAUUUUUUUCUAAAAUAAGGAAAAACUGUCAUGGCAAAGCACUGUAUAUAAGCAGGUGUGCCUGCAGAACAAGUUGUUUUGAGACUUUAUUCAUACAAAGUUUUCUCUUUAACACUGCAAAUGUUAUGUCUAAGAUCAGUCCGUCUAACAGAAGUAGUUCACUUUUCAAAAUGUAUUGAGGCCAUUUUAUAAAGAAAUCGAAUUGUUUAAAAAGUGAGAACUCAGUUUAAAAACAAAAUGCAUACUGAUGUCUUUUUCAAAAAGUGAGACUUUUAUUUGUGUUUUAUUGGUUUUACUGUUCAGGCUUGCUGUCUUGUUUUGUACAAAUCAACAGUUAUGGUCCAGUUCAAGGCUAGCUGAAGCCCAAACAUUUAAGAGCGCAGUCCAUUGUGAAAUUUUCCUGUGCAUUUCCAACUACAGUGGGUUCAAGUUGCUCUCCUGCAGAUCUGUCAUUUUGGUGUGAUUUGCACAAGAAAAAUAGAUGCUGCACUGUGCUCUUUGUGAUGAGAACUUUUCAUUUAUACUGAUGGUGGUUCAUGAAAGCUGAUGGACAUGUCCAUUUUAAUUUCCUGGCUGGUGGAAACUUGUUUUAAGCAUAUUUAGUUGGACAUGAGUUUUGCUCAUUUUCAUAACGCAUUCUUCCAGGUUAAGUGUACUUGGGAUCAUAACACAAGUCUCAUUUAAGUGGAUAGCUCAUUGUUGUGCCCAAAAUAUUUAGUUUGAAAAUAAGUUUAAUUAUAUAUUCUGCAAUGAAGAUUUUGGCACUUAAUCUAUCUGCUUUAGUGCGCAUGCUUUCCUCCUUAAAAGUUGAAACUAAUUGCAGAACUGGGGAAAGUUUUGCAUAGAUAAUUGAGGAUGAACGUAAAAGUUAUUUUCUUGACAUUCAAGAUAAAGGUGCACUCCCUGUUCUUCCAGAGGUCUGUAUGUUCAGCUGAGCCUCAUGGAUAUCAAGAUUAGUAUUCUGGGUACCACGUCACCUGCAUAUUUUUUUAUUCUGAUAUUAAAAAUACCUUAAUAUUGGCAACUUCAUGUUAUAAACAGCACCCAUUAUCUUUAUCCUGCAAGUGUGAAAAGGCUUUAAUUUGUAAGAAUUUGCUUCCUUUCUUAGAAACAUAUAACUGUGGUCUUGGAUCUUCAUACUGGUUUGGUAAUGGGGCUUUAAAUACUUAAAAGACUUUGGAUACAAUUCUGUCAAAGUUAAUCAAUUUUUGAUCCUGUUGCUUCCAGUGGGAGAGUUACAGUACCACACUACAAAGUGUGUAGGACUUAGAAUGCUGUAACUCGGCUUAGUUUGGCACUGCGAAGAACUUAAAUUUCUCCCAUAGAAGUCAAUGUGAUUGAAAAGUGCUUAUCUGGGACUGGAUCAUGUCCAUCCUGUACUUGAAACAAUCCAUGACUGCUAUUUAGUACUUUUUGAAAGCUUUAACAUGGCAGAUUCAGGAAACAAAUUUACAAUAGCAGUUUAGUUGGAAAAAUAAAAUUUGAAACCUAAAGAGAGUGAUAUGUGGGGUUCUCCUAUGGAGUUUUAUUGCAAAUUGUCAAGUAGAUUUUUUGUAAUAGUUAAAAUGAAUGUUAAGACUGAUAACGAAAACCUUUGCAUUGGUGUCACUUCUCAAGAACUGGCAUAGUGGGAUGAAAUUCUAGUGGAUUUAUUAAAAUAUUUUUAAAUGUAUGAGCAGCCACAGCCACACAUCGUGUUUUUGGUCCUUUGUACAAAAUUCAGUUUGUAAUUGAAACUUAUGGCAAUUACGCGGCCUCUGCAAAGAGAACUCAGUUGAAAAAUGAUACAUGUGGCCAUUGCAAAUAUUUUUUUGAAUGUCUAGAUUUCAUAGUUAUCUGGCUCCUUUAUUAUGUUAAGAUGGUAUUUUAAUAAUCCAGGGUUGACAUUUGGGAUGGUUUUUGUGUUGCUGUACAAAACUUAACAAUACAUUCUUUGUAAAUGUUAAGUUCCAUGUUUACUUGACUCAUGGGCCUAAUCCCUGCCAAUUGGUAGAGUUUUUUAAUUAGAUAUUUUAACAUUAUAUGUUUAGGAAUAAGAAAUCUGACAUCCAACUUAGCUUUUGUGUGCAUUACUAUGUGCUCUCUACUGAAAGAGUUUUAUAUAUGACAGUUCUUAUGGAAGCUAUUCUUCCAUGUUCAUAGGGAAGGAACUCAAAUGGCCUGAUGUUUGGUUAACUUGAAAUGUCUCAUGACUUCCAUUGAACGGUUUUACUACAUGUGGGUUCUUUUCUGCUUUUAAGAUUCAGGUACUAAGAUGAAACCAAGCAAUAUGAAAUGAUCACCCUUUUUGAUCACUAAAAUUAUAAUGCAGGAAUUCCUUGCAGCCGUUUUGUCAUUUUCCCUAAUUGUCAUUUAAUCCCUUUUGAACUACUGACCUGGCUAUAAACCCUCUGGCUAUAACCCUCUGGCUAUAAACCAUGAUGGCUCCUUUGGCAAGGUAUAGUAUAAGAACUCCUUUAGAAACGAUGUGGAAGCAUGUUCAGAAACUUUAAAAACUUAAAACACUUGCUACUAAAAGAGAGCCACAUUUACACUUAAAAUUUCUAGUACUUCUGGACCAAACUAAACAUUACAUGCAACAGCCCCCACCCCAAAACUGAUGUUUGUCCUUUUAAUGAAAAUCAUCCAUGAACAAAUGGCAAGUCAGAGGAGCUACUUAACCCCUUUCUCAAGCUGUUAUGCUCAAAGUCUAUAAGGAGAGACAGCAAGGAGAGAUGGCAAGAAGAGCUACCUUUUGCAGCACUACUGUCAUGUCACUUUUGAGUAGAAAAAAUGGAUGAAGGAGCGGUUCUGUGGUCGUUCCCCUUGCUGUUUCUCCCCCUAAUACACCUGCCAGUUAACAAACAUUUGCAAAGGAAUGUUUAGCUUAGCCAGACUAAUUUGACAUAAUUUAUUUCCUAGAUUGUGGCAUUAAAGAUCAAAGUCUCUUACAUUGCUCCAAGGUGUGAAUCCAUAUGGAUGUGUACCUUGGCAGGGCUGACCAUGUGAGUCUUUUUGACCUCACUAGGAACACAGCUUAUAGUUGUAUGAGUUCUCAUCGCAGCUCCCAUAUCACUGGACGAGUGAAUGAAAUUUUAGUAAUCUUAGAUAGAAUGUGCAGAGAAACAAAAUCCUGUGACGACUUACUUUAAACAUCUUGAAAUUCUUCAAGAGUUUAAAUAUAAAGCCAUUUUGGCCCAGAUAUUGCAUGUUACCAUAACAAGGAUAAGCAAAACAUUUUUGUAGCAAUGGAUAGAAGAUAUUAACUAAGCACUGCUUCUGUCUAAAAAAAAAUGGCAUUGUGUCACCAUUGUUUGUGACAAAGAUCCAUGCAAGUUCCACUGAAAGGAGUACAGCAGCAGUGAUGGAUUGUACCUUUAUAUGUCAAGAAAAACCUUGGACGUUUUUACAGAUGCUGCUGCUAUUGCAGUUUACAGAAAUUACAUCUAUUUACCUCAAGGGGAAACUGUCUUUUUAGCAGUACAAUGUUUUGCUGAAGUUAAAGCUAAAAGCAGUGUGCAAUUAAAAUUCACAAUGAAGCCUGUAAAUAUGCUAUGGGCUAUUGCUUUUAAUAAAGAUGAGGAAAAUAUGUGGAGUUGAACAUGAACAUGGUUCAUCCAUGAGAAUUUAUACAGCAAAUUCAGUGUAAUAGAAGCUCGUAGAAAAUAACUGUUUGCUGCCAACAUGGGCAAGGUUUCCCUCUCCCCUCCUUUCCAUUGGACUUAUUUUUUAAAAUUUGAUUUUUAAGUAUGUGGUGUAUGUGUUCUUCUGGGCUUGUAAGAAAACUACUCCUCUGUUGUCUUUUAAACUGGCAAAAAAAGUUUAUACACAUUAGACAAGCUGAAAAUGUAACUGGAUGACCAGUUGUUUUGUUAUAGUAAUUGGGUAUUUAAUGUAAAUUCAUUAAUCUUAGUUGUUACUCUGAACUGUCUGAAAAUGUGUCUAUCAUAACUGAGUUAUAUUGUAUGAAUUAUUUAUUUGUAAUUGGACAUUUACACUUCAAAAAUAAAAUUAAAUUUGAGUUUCACAAGUUAA